AUGGCGGUGAGGCGUCUCGCUCGAGCUGCCACCGUCUUGGAGACGGCGGAGGACUCGGGCAAUGCGACAAAGGUGCAGGAGGCCAAGGAGGAGGUCCAGGAGGCGAAGAAGGAGGUGGAGAAGGCGGAAAGGAAGGUGGAGAAGGCGGAAAGGAAGGUGGAGAGGGCGAAGAAGGAGGUCCAGGAAGCGAAGAAGGAGGUGCAGGAGGCGGAGGUCAAGGAGGCGAAGGCAAGCGGCCGGACGAAGGAGUCCGAGGCACGGAGCAGUUGGUGCGAGAAGUUGCUCGCGAAGAAGUUGAAGUUUGGAGCAGCCGACCAACUGCUUGCAACAGUUGGGGCCACAUGGGACUAUUGUGGGAAGGAGGAGCUCCGUGAGCGCAUGCAGAUCCCCAUCCAGAAGCUGCACGAGCAAAAGGGGAAGAACAGUGACAAACAGCUUCAUCCUUUGUUCAUUGCAUUUGCAGGCCCAGGGCAAGGCAAGUCCCGGUUGCUGACAGAGUUCCCGGGCCUGGUCGAGCAGUGCUUGCAGAAUGUGUCUGAAAGGCAGAAACUGAAAUUCAGCAAGCAAACGACGAGCUUCAUGAUCAGCUGCGAGAACGCCCUCUCUCCCGGGGACUGGGCCACGGAGGAGCUCAAUGCCCAACGCUUUGUGGCAUGCCGCAUGCUGUGGCAGCUGAGGAAUGCAAACAAGGAGGCUUUUCGGGAGGUCGGCGCUCCAGCAGACUUCGCCGAAUUCCGCAUCCAAUGCCCUGCCGACCUCACACCCUCGCCUGUGCUUAAGUCUGUGCUGCGUGAUGAGCUCAAUAGCACGGUGGUGAUCGGAGUCGACGGGAUGCACGGUCUGCCUGGAUUUACUGACCGCAGUGAUGCUGUGGGCAAGGACCUGCCAUUCUAUCAGGUGAUGCAGGAGGUCUGCCGCCUCGUCAACCAAAAGGAAGGCCCCUUUGUCGUAGCCUGUGUGGCCGCUUUGCAAAAUGUGAAGAGUGGACUUGCUGGCAGUCCCCAGGCCCGAGUUUUUCUGGAGCUGCCACGCGUGACCGCCGUAACCCGCAACAAACAGCCGGUGCUGCCCGGCCACCGCCUAAAAGACCUUCUGGUCGAAGACAUGGCGGGCAUGGCAGAGCUUUGGAGUGCCUUCUAG